AUGUCAACCUCCAACCAAUCCAACACCAACCCUUUGCCUUUUCUCCUGACGGGAAUCCCUGGCCUGGAAGCUCUCCAUGUGUGGAUUUCUAUCCCGUUCUGCUUCACAUACAUCAUGACCUUGCUAGGAAAUAGCAUGGUCCUUCUCGCUGUGAGGCUGGACAAAAGCCUCCAUGAGCCUAUGUACUAUUUCAUUUCCAUGUUGGCUGUCAUCGACCUCAUCUUCUCAACUGCUGUGGUUCCCAAAAUGCUGGCUGUAUUCUGGUUGGGUUCAAGAGAGAUUGGGUUUCAGGCCUGCUUCAUCCAGAUAUUCUUCAUCCACACGUUCACCGCAGUGGAGUCAGGGGUGCUCCUGGCAAUGUCCUUUGACCGCUACACAGCCAUCUGCAACCCCCUGAGGUACACCACCAUCCUCACAAGCUCGAGGACCAUCCAGAUAGGACUGCUGUCGCUGGCCAGGGGAGUUGGUGUCAUGAUACCUUUAAUGUGUCUCCUCACUGGCUUACCCUACUGCAAAACCAGAGUCAUCCCUCAUUCCUACUGUGAGCACAUGGCCGUGGUGGAGCUGGCCUGUGCCGACCCGUCUGUCAGCGAUCUUUACAGCCUCACCGUGGCAACGCUCUUGGUGGGGACAGACUCUGUCUUCAUCACCUUCUCCUAUGGUAUGAUCCUCAGGUCCGUGAUACGGCUGCCAUCCCAGGAGGCUCGUCUGAAGACCCUCAGGACCUGCGGGUCCCACAUCUCCAUCAUCCUGGUGUUUUACAUAGGUGGCCUACUCUCCAUGUACCUCCAGAUGUUCCCAUUUGGCUUGGCACCUCACGUCCAAGUCCUGGUGGCUGAUUUCUAUUUGACGGUCCCUCCCAUGCUCAACCCCCUCAUUUACGGCAUAAAGAUGAAGCAGAUCCAGGAAAGGCUGAGGGAGCUGGGUCUCUUUAGUUUGGAGAAGAGGAGACUGAGGGGUGACCUUAUUAAUGUUUAUAAAUAUAUAAAGGGCGAGUGCCACGAGGAUGGAGCCAGGCUCUUCUCGGAAAACAAUGGUGGGACAAGGGGUAAUGGGAUCAAGCUGGAACACAAGAGGUUCCACUUCAAUUUGAGAAGAAACUUCUUCUCAGUAAGGGUGGCAGAGCCUGGCCCAGGCUGCCCAGGGGGUUGUGGAGUCUCCUUCUGUGCAGACAUUCCAACCCGCCUGGACACCUUCCUGUGUAACCUCAUCUGGGUGUUCCUGCUCCAUGGGGGGAUUGCACUGGAUGAGCUUUUCAGGUCCCUUCCAAUCCCACACAUACUGUGACACUGUGAUACUGUGAUGUCCCAGCAGUGGUGGUCAGACGUGCCCCCCAUUGCCUCUGAUUCCACUGAGAAAACUCCCAAUCACUUGUCUGCGAGCAGGAUGGGGUCUUGAGAAGUGAGGGAUCUGCUCUGUCCCCACUGCAGAUGUAAAACCAGCAGAAAAGCAGUGCUGGUGGUAUAAAUCUGAAUGAGUUACAGGGUCCUGGCUGUUGGCAAGUUUGGGGAGCUGUGGUG